UUAAUUUCUUGAACAAAUAUUUUGUGACUAUAAAAUAAUAAUCAUGUACUGGCAUGGAUAGUUUCUUACUGCACCAUGGAAUUGCCUCUUGACCUCAAGAUGAUGAUGGAUGAACGGAACUCUGAGGAAGUUAACCAUGCUGACAAUACUGCUGAAGCACUUCAAGGAGAGAGUUCAAAAAUGCUGCCAGGUCAGAUACUGUCAGCUUCUCAGCUACAAAUGGUAGCUAACUCACAAGGCAUGAAUGCUACCCGUGGAUAUUCAUCAACAAACGAAGUUUCUACUCUGCAUCACUCACAUCGACUACACAGCGAGUUGCAGCAACAUGGCAACAGCACUACCUCAAUAAGCUCCAUACCUUCCUCAAAUAGCAUUCCAGCAAACCUCAUAUCCAGCUUACCUUUGCUCACUUCCCAACAAAUAGCAACAUCAGGCAUUGCUAUGAGCACAGUCAACUCAACAGCACAUCUGCGCUCACCGCCAUCAUACAGUUCUGUGUCAUGCAGCAGUGCUGAUGCUGGAGGGUACAGUGACACAAUGUGUGCCAGCAACAAUGGUGAUAACAGCAGAAAUAUUCAAGACAUGCUCAAUUACACAUCUGAUUCAACUGGUACCUUCACCACAACCACUACUACAAUCCACCAGUGCCUUGAGUGCAGUAUAGGUUUCAUCAGCAGGAGAGCCUAUGAAGCACACAUGGCCUCCCACUCAAAUAAACCAGCUUCUCAAGGCAACGUUGGCAGAGAAGACAACAUGCCCAUUAUGGUGCUGAUGGAUCAGUCAAGUGACUCAGCACAUCUGCCCCACUACUCCCUACCCACAUCCUCACACUCCCAUCAGCUUCACCAGUCAAGCAGAACCUCUCCUUCCCUCUCAAUCCAGUCAAUGACCAGCCAUGUAUUAAAUCAAAAUGUUCCAUCAUCCCAUCAUCCAGUGAACACUUCUCAGAUUAAUUUGUCAAAACCAUUGUCAUCUCAGAAUUUCCAUGCACCAAUAAACUCUCUACUUCCAACCACAUCCUCGCACCUCCAACCAAUCACCUCCUCGCACCUUGAACCAAUCAAUGCUUUUCAUCAGCAGCAGAUCAUGGUACAACAGCCCGAAAAUGGUGCAUCCGUUGCCAGCAAAGGUCUGGAUGGGAGUCCAGAUCAAGGUUUUGCUGUUAAUUGCAGUGCAGACAUGGCAUCGAUGUCUUCAUCCACCGGUAAUACAGAUGGAAAUGUGCUUAGAAGAUCUGCUGCACCCCUUAACUUCAGCCACUCAAAUCUCUCGUAUAAUCAGCAGCAGCAGCAGCAGAUAUUGAAGCUCCCUGAAGUGUCUGUUAGCGGCGGGUGUAUUGGCGACAGCAAUAGUGUCAUGAUGACGACCAGCAUUGACGGCUCGACUGCUGGCACUUCGUACAUAGUGGCGGCUACAGACCUGCACCAGCUGCAGCAGUCUGGUGGUCAGCUGCUGGUGCAAAACUCAAGUGCAAGUCGACAAGAACGAACAACAGCGAUGAGGCAACUUCCUCUUGUCUCCCAACAGAACCAAACUGCUGUCCUUCAGUCAGAGGCCCAACAAGCUCACAAUAAUAGCACCCAACAGCCUUUGGGCGCUACUAAUAGCAGGUUUUUGUCUUCUAUGGGGCAGCAAAUGUGCAACAAACGAUCUCAGAAUCUCUCAUCUCAGCUGACUUCAGAUAAAGGCAGGAUAUCUGCCCCUGGCGGUGCUGCAAACGAACCUGCCAAGACAGCGCCGUAUGAUCGGCCUUUCAAAUGCGACCAAUGCACUGCCUCCUUCAUUGAGCAGAGCGAGUGUGAAGAGCACAGACGCAAGCAUUCAGGUGAUGGUCCCUUCACUUGCGAGGACUGUCACUUCAGCUUCAUGUACAAGAGUCAUUACAAGAGCCACAAGUCACGUUGUGAGAAGAAACGUGCCACCAUGACCCCACAACCAGGCAACCUCAUCAAGCCGCCUGCAACACCGUCCAUCAAACGAGAGUUCCCCACUCAUGAGUCGCUCAAAGGCAACCUGCCCAACACGAGGCGGCGCACGGCACGAACUCUAACUGAUAGAUACAGUAGGAACAAUGCUGUUCAGAGUGGUGCUAACCAGCAGUUGGCGGCUCGGGAGGAGGACAUCAAGUAUAACAUCUCCCAGGAAGCGGAAGAACUUGCAGCCGAUGAUCCCGGUAUGGUAGCGCGUGCUGCGGUAGGCACUGCUCAGCCAACUACGUCUCAUUCGGUGCUCAAAAAACCUUUUAUCGCCACCAAGAUCAAAAAAGAAUCAGAAUUGAACGCAUUUAACCCUGUGAAGCCUUCAUUCAAAAGGUUGAAGCACCAGCACAAUGCGGCGCGUCCCUUUGAGUGCGAUUUAUGCGACGCUUCAUUCACGACCGUCGAGGACCUGGAGUCCCACAGCCAGAAGCACAGCAGUGAUGGCCCGUAUCGCUGCGACAGUUGCCAGUACUUGUAUCUUUACCGGCGUCUCUACGAUGCUCACAAGCGCAAGUGUAAGAAGAGCCGCAGUCGCAAAGACGGUCCUGUUGGUAUGCCAUCACAAACAACACCCAGAAAUCAACAGCAACAUAAUCAACAAAUGCAACAACAACAGCAGCAGCAACCUUCCGUUACUCUACAUGUCGAUCAAAGUAAUCAAGUUCAAUUUUUGCCGCACGUGUUGCCGCAGACACAAUCAGCUCUUCACUUACAGAACGAUCAGCAACAGCAGCAUGGUCAGCACCUAAUGCUCAUCGAACAUCCCCCAACAUCAACAAAUAAGUCUUUGCAAGCUCGCUCUUUGGAAAUUCAAACUGCUCCAAUGUCUACUAACAACCACGACAAUGCGACGAACCACCAGCAACAGCACCUGCAGCCCAUGGAGAUAACAGGACUCGGCAACGGCCCGACCUUCCUGCUCGGAGGUCAAGGGGCGGCCGGAGGACUCUUGGACGGUCAACAGCUGCAGCUGCACACGCUACACGGCACCGGAGUUCAGGUGCUGGAGCUGCGAGGUGACGAGCUCGUAGCAGUGACGGCGGGCGACGGAAUGCGCGACGGUGAAGGCGUCAAGUACGAAAUUGUGCAGACCCUCGACCCGAGCUCUGUACCGCAUAUCAUGAACCUGCUCAAGAAGGGCUCUCUAGGCCCUACUAUCGCUCAGUGAACUCACUCAGUGAGCUGUAAGCCCCGAGCCUUCAUGAAAGAAUCAAGUUCAUUCAAAAAAUUUCAGAAUGUGUUCUUCGUUUAUGUAUUCAUCAACAAAUAACUUUUACUGGUGUUGUGUCUUGUGCUAGUGCGCAACAUAACUGAAAUUAGUUCCAGAUUUUUUUGGUGCGACCGAUUCCAUGGUUCAAUGAGAAUUAUUCGAGGCAUCAGCUUUCCGCUACCCCGAGGAUAUUUUCAUUCAUAGUUGUGCGCUACUUUGACUGAGUAACAACAAUACCAGCUGAAUUUAUUAAAGCUCUUUGGUCUGCCAGAUUAUAGAUUUUAUAUUUGUUUUAAGAUACACGUUGCAAUACUGAACUCACAAAUGUAGUUUCUAGAGUCGAGAUGACGAGAGGCGUUGCUUUGUUUUCACAUGUCGACUAAUUUUUCAAUAUUAAUUUUAUGAAGCCUCAUAAUCUAAUCUACAUAUAAUAUUGAACAGCCAUAAUACUAGUUUGCCGCAUUGUUAACGAUAUCACAAGUGCAGUAUUCCGACGCAACCUUAUAUUACUUGCUAUAUCAACCAAGAUGUGUUUCAAGCAAAAUUACUAAGUUGUGCGGCUAAAUGAACACUCGUCUGCCAAUUCUGUAUCCAGAUGGAAAGUCGUAGGAUAAACCAUCGCAGUUGCAUGCAAUAAGAGUCUUUCUUUAAUAAAAUGACAUGAAACUUGAGAGACAAAACCGCAAGGCUCGUCGUCCAUCUGCCCGGUAAGCAAUCUUUUCGCUUCUUCUACGGCACAAAUAAGUUUAAAUCGUUCUUCAGUUAUAAGUGCAGUACAAAACUAUUUUCCGGUGAACUGUUGGAGUUGUACUUGUAUGUUGAAGUUUAUGCGCGACUGUUUAUACCUAUGAUCAUAGUUCAUACAUAGAUUUUGUAUUCAUGCAUGCAGAAUAAGUUCUUGCAAUUGUUGACGCAAGUAUGACGAAUCACCGCGUACACCGAAAACUUUCUUCAGCAUGGCGACUUCGUGAAGUUUUCGAGCGCCGCAUUUGUAUACUUGGAAAUUUCUUAGUGAAUGAAUUUAUCUUUACUCAAUGCUGAACUUUACUUAAUGCUUCGAUCGUCGCGGUUACUUGCUGAUCGUCUCCCUAAUAUACCUGCAGCAAUUUUCCCUCGAAAGAAUUAUUAUCAUGUUGAUGUAUUAACACGUUGUCUACGAUUGCUUCAUCUUGUACUAUUAUUUCAUUUUUUGUACUGUUUUCAAGAAGGGUUGCCAGACGUCAUUUUUUCCGGGCAAAUUCCGUGAUUUAGUUUUUCUCAAUUGCGUUGGCCGGCUAAAAUUU